AUGGGUGUGCAAACGUGUAUUGGCAUAGCUGUUGCAUCUAGUGCUUUCUUCAUUUGUGUUUCAUUGUUUGCUGUAGGUGUUAUAUUCAGUGAUAUCAAUGAUCUGUAUGCAGAUGUCAUGGAUGAAAUGAAUGGGUUCAGAGCACUCACUGACGAUAUGUGGUAUAGAAUUAUGCGACUUCAUAUGAACCCAACCGGUGAAAGUAAUGCGCCUUACACGUUUGAGAGCCUCUUCGUUAGAAAUAAGCGACAGACGUUCCCAGACCAAUGUCAUUGUACCGCGCCUCGUAACCAAUGCCCAGCUGGACCACAAGGUCCUCCCGGCGAUAAAGGAGAAAAGGGUCCAGAUGGUCCAGACGGUGAGGAUGGUCGUCCGGGUGUGUCUGGUGUUUCACUGUUGGCUACGCACGAUAUUCCUGGUGGUUGCAUUCGAUGCCCGCCAGGUCCAGUCGGACCUCGCGGACCUGAUGGACCACCCGGUGAACGAGGACCUGCUGGACGUUGUGGACCACGGGGACCAGCCGGCAAGCCUGGUCUACCUGGGCGUCCUGGUGAACCAGGAGAUGAGGGUGAACCAGGCAGACGAGGUCCAGCUGGACGUCCAGGACCACCUGGUAAGGACGGUAAGCGUGGUAAGGGACCAAAGGGACCGAAAGGCCCAACUGGCCCACGAGGUCCACAAGGUGCGCCGGGUAAAGAUGGUGAAAAGGGUGCCGAUGGAGAACCGGGAGAUAAGGGUCGUGAUGGAAGACCUGGACGCGAUGGACGACCUGGAAAAGAUGGACGUCCUGGACCGGCUGGCUCUCCAGGAUUGCCAGGACGUGAUGCGACGUAUUGUCCAUGUCCACCUCGUUCGGUUUUCCUUUCAGCUAAGAAACACUAG